UCACUAAAAUGGCAUCAAAAACAUUAUUCGCCGCAAAUCGAACUGCAGCGCUAACAAAAAAGAGUCUGAAAUGCCUUGGCAGCGUGCGGAAGUUUUCUGAAACACCUUGGACUCAAGAAGGAAUCAUAAAAUCGCCUUUCAAAGACAUUGAAGUGCCGACGUGUACGUUAUACGAGUACGUGUGGCAGAAUUUGGAGAAAUGGCCGGAUCGGACUAUGGCGGUGUGCGGCUUCACAGGGCGUGGCUACACGUACUCGCAGGGCUUCAAGCUAUCGUCCACCUUCGCGGCGAACCUGCGCGGCAAGCUGCGAGUGCGCGACGGCGACGCCGUGGCCGUCAUGCUGCCCAACGUGCCCGACUACCCCGUCGUGGCCUUGGGCAUACUGGGCGCUGGAGCCGUCAUCACCAGUAUCAACCCCAUUUACACUGCGCAUGAAGUCCAACGCCAACUCGUGAUGUCAGACGCAAAAGUGAUAGUCACGGUACGAGAGACAACUGACGUCGUCAAAGCCGCUCUUAAAAUGGCAAAAUUGGACAUUCCCAUCAUUGUAGUUAGAACUGAAGAUACAGAAGUGCCAGUUGGUACGAUACGGUUCAAAGAACUAAGCGUUGACGUCAAUGUUGAUCUGUCUCCGUUGAAAGAAGUCAGACGAACUGCUGAAGAUGUUUGUUUCUUGCCUUAUUCGAGCGGUACAACAGGAAUGCCGAAGGGAGUAGAGUUGACGAACAGGAAUUUAGUGGCAAAUUGUGAACAAAUGAACGAGCCUAUUAUCAAAGCACAUAAUCCUACAACAGCGACGCACCAAGACGCCGUUAUGGCGGUGCUGCCGUUUUUCCACAUAUAUGGCGCAGAGGUGAUGAUGUUCCACAAGCUAUCCCAGGGAAUCAAAUUGGUGACCCUGCCGAAGUUCCAGCCUCAACUGUUCCUGCGAACCUUGGAAAAGUAUAAGACCAAUGUUCUGUACGCUGUUCCUCCUAUUGUGUUACUGAUGGCUUCACAUCCAGAAGCAACUCCCAAAACAUUCCAACAUCUGGAGGUGAUCAUCAAUGGGUCUGCUCCCCUGACAACCGCAGAUGCUGACAGAUUCAUCGAGAGAGCCAAGAGAAAAUUUGACUUCAGGCAAGGAUACGGUCUAACAGAAACUUCACCAGUGGUGACUGUAACUCCAAGAGGGAAUGACAACUAUGGAUGUGUUGGUCUUCCCAUUCCUAAUACUGAGCUUAAGAUUGUCGAUGGAAAUCUUAAAACUCUUGGACCUAAUGAGAAAGGAGAACUGUUGAUUCGUGGUCCACAAGUCAUGAAGGGAUAUAAAAAUAACGAAAAAGCAAAUAAAGAAGCAUUUACUGACGACGGAUGGUUCAGAAGUGGAGACUUGGCUAUUGGAGAUGAGCAGGGCAUCAUCACUAUAGCUGAUAGAUUAAAAGAACUUAUUAAGGUCAAAGGCUUCCAAGUUCCGCCUGCCGAAUUAGAAGGUGUCCUCCGCGACCAUCCUUCAGUAGACGACGCUGCAGUUAUCGGGGUUCCACAUAAGACCAACGGGGAAGCGCCCAAAGCCUUCAUAGUACUUAAGAAGGGGCACAAUGUAGCCCCAUCAAAUAUUUGCGAUUUUGUAAAGGAGAGGGUGGCUGAAUACAAAAGGAUAAGUGACGUGAUGUUUUUGGAUGAGUUACCGAAGAACUCGACUGGAAAGAUACUAAGGAGGGAUUUAAAAGAAAAAUAUACGUAAAUUUUCCUAUGCAAAUGUGUUC